CCUCCACCUCUAUUCUUUUCUCUCUAUGGUGGUCUAAUGGUCAAUUAUCUGGACAAAAUAAAAAUUUGUCCAAUACUUUGGUUUAUGACCAGAUCAAUUCAAGCAAAGCUAAUGACGUUCCAAUUAGCCUCAGGUGUAUUCUGUGUUUGAAGGUCACUAGUAAAUGUUAGCAAGCUAAAUUGAGAUGGUGAAAAUGGUAAACCACCUGCUUAAUAUGAGCAUGUUAGUACGCAAGUAAUACUGAGCAAUACUGUGAUUGACCACACAGAACAGCAGACAUGAUAAUCUGUUACGACACAGUUAACACUGCAACACCUGUGUGGGUGGCACUGGUUGUUGUUGGAGUCAGUUGAAGGGGGAGUUUGGGCUGGCUGGGCUCAGUCAGACCAGGCAGGAUAACUGUGGCCUGUGUAGAUGCUGUUAUGAUAUUCCCACACUGUUGAACAUGCCGUUGCUCACUAAAAACCUGCUUUUGCCACUAUACCUUUAAGGCAUGUUCUCUAGUGGCAUGGUUGUGUGCACCCAAUGGGUGUGUGCGUGAUGUGACUUCCUCAUUACACAGACAUCAAAAGACUGCACUGCUGCACCUUGUGCUCACUGUAUUCACCACUGGACCAAACUCAGGUCACAGAAAGGAGGAGAUCCACUGGUACCACUGUGAUUACUGAAGCACUGGAUUCAAUCUGCUGCUGAUUCCACAUUGAGAGGAGCUACAACUCAAAUGGAAACAAAUUAAACUUUCUGGAUUAACUGGCUUCUGUUUUCAUUGUUCUGCCUGCUGUGUUUUCAGCUUCACUCAAAAAGAAUACUGGGAACACUGGAAAAUUGGAAAACUGGAAUACUGUCACUCAACCUACUGCUGAUUUCACAUUUGAUCUGGAGUUUUAAAGGAGCAAUGGCAAAGUGAAAGUAACUUUUAAGGAACUUCCCCAUUUGACUGGAUUCCAUUGUUCUGCCUGCCGUGUUUUUCAGCUUCACUCAGCAACAAAAUGUCUUCCAGAUCAGAGGAUCUCUCCUGUUCUGUCUGUCAUGACAUCUUCAAAGAUCCUGUUGUCCUGUUAUGUAGCCACAGCUUCUGUAAAGACUGUCUGCAGAGAUGGUGGGGAGAGAAACUAAUCCACGAGUGUCCAGUUUGUAAGAAAACAUCUUUGUUGAAUGAUCCACCUUGUAACUUGGUGUUAAAGAACCUGUGUGAGACCUUCUUACUGGAGAGAGAUCAGAGAGCUUCAGCAGGGUCUGAGUCUCUCUGCAGUCUGCACUCUGAGAAACUCAGACUCUUCUGUCUGGACCAUCAGCAGCCAGUGUGUCUCAUCUGUAAAGAUUCAAAGAUACACAACAACCACAGAUUCAGACCCAUCGAUGAAGCUGCACAGGAUCACAGAGAGGAGAUUCAGAAAUCCCUGAAGCCUUUACAAGAGAAACUGAAGCUGUUUGAACAAGUUAAAGGAAACUGUGAUCAAACAGCAGAACACAUUAAGGUCCAGGUCCGACACACAGAGAGGCAGAUUAAGGAGCAGUUUAAGAAGCUUCACCAGUUUCUACAAGAGGAAGAGGAGGCCAGGAUCACUGCUCUGAGGGAGGAAGAGGAGCUGAAGAGUCAGAUGAUGAAGGAGAAGAUUGAGGCACUGAGCAGAGAGAUAGCAGCUCUUUCACACACAAUCAGAGCCACAGAGGACGAGCUGAGAGCUGAAGACAUCUCAUUCCUGCAGAACUACAAGGCUGCAGUGAAAAGAGUCCAGCAGCGCCCCCUGCUGGAGGAUCCACAGCUGGUCUCAGGAGCUCUGAUAGAUGUGGCCAAACACCUGGGCAACCUGACCUUCAACAUCUGGAACAAGAUGAAGGAGAUGGUCUCCUACACUCCUGUGAUUCUGGACCCAAACUCUGCUGAAACACAUCUCAUCCUGUCUGAAGAUCUGAAUAGUGCAAGACUUGGAAAGAGACAGAAGCUUCCUGACAAUCCAGAGAGGAUUGAUUCCCACCACUGUGUCCUGGGCUCUGAGGGCUUUAACUCAGGGACUCACAGCUGGGAUGUUGAGGUUAGAAAUGAUAAACUCUGGGGCCUGGGUGUGAUAAAAGAGUCUGCUCAAAAGAAGGGACAAAUACUAACUGGAUACUGGCAAAUUCUUUUCUGUGAUGGAAAAUACACAGCAGACUCACCACCAUUUCCAAGUAAAGUUCUCACAGUGAAGAAGAAGCUCCAGAGGGUCAGAGUUCAUCUGGACUUUGACAGAGGAAAACUGUCGUUCUAUGAUGUUGAUACUAACACACAAAUACACACCUUCACACACACUUUCACUGAGAAAGUGUUCCCAUACAUUGGAAACCACAGUAAAUUCCCACUGAAGAUCUUACAGAUGACAGCCUCUGUAACAGUGGAACAGCACACAGUCCCCGUAUCAACAGGCCUAUGGUCUGGUUUUAAAAUUAGCUAAACAUGCUAUAUACUAUUAUCAGGUUAAGUAAGGCUACUCAGAAAUGCCUUCACUUGGAAUGUCAGUGAUUCUAUCCUAGUUCUUUUUAUGAGAAAAACUGUCAUGCAAUUUGAAAUUGUCUGAGUUUUUGUCUAUUAGUCCAAACAUUUUAUGCACAGGGUAAAUAUCUGUAAAUGAAUGAAUAGAGUGAAGUGUCAGGGAUAUAAGAACCAUGUUCAUGUGACUUUCUGAGCCUUAGUGCUGUCUACAUUUUUUUUGUCACUUUCAUAGUUUUUAUUUUUUGAUUUUUGAGAAGAUGUUGGUGAUGAUACGUCUGGUGGAGACAGCGUGGAUAUGAUGUUCUCUCUUUCAAUGAUGAUUAGAGGAUAAGGUUAGAGUAUGUUUCAUACACUGUAUGUAGAGCUCAUCCUAUACAGAGCUCAUCCUAUACUGAAUACUUGCUGCUUGUAGGGAUAUUUGAAUUUUAAGAAGACAGUAAAUAGUAUACAAUAUAUUGUAAGAUAUAAUUUGUAUAUAAUGUAAAUAUACAACAGAAAUAAAUAUUGUCAGAAAUAUGUCUCAGUUUUGAGAAUUAAAAAAUAAAUUAUCUUGUCAAAAUCCAAUUUGCACAAUAAGUUGGUUUAUGACCAGAUAAAUUCCAGCAAAACUUAUGACAUUCCAAUCAGCCUCAGGUGUAUUCUGUGUUUAAAGGUUACUAGUAAAUGUUAGCACGCUAAACUGAGAUGGUGAAAAUGGUAAACCACCUGCUAAACAUGAGCAUGUUAGUAUGCAAGUAAUACUGAGCAAUACUGUGAUUGACCACACAGAACAGCAGACAUGAUAAUCUGUUACGACACAGUUAACACUGCAACACCUGUGUGGGUGGCACUGGUUGUUGUUGGAGUCAGUUGGAGGGUGAGUUUGGGCUGGCUGGGCUCAGUCAGACCAGGCAGGAUAACUGUGGCCUGUGUAGACAGUGUUAUGAUAUUCUCACAGUUUAACAUGGAGUUUGUUCAAGAAACAACUGAUUUAGCCACUACACCUUUAAGGCAAGUUAACUCAGGGUGUGGUUACAUGCACCUGAUGGGUGUGUGUGCUAUGUGUGUUCCUCACUCCAUAGACAUUAAAUGACAGGAUUAAUGUGGCACUGCUGCACUUUGUGCCCAGUGUAUUCACCACCAGAUCAAACUCAGGUCACAGAAAGGAGGAGAUCCACCGGUACCACUGGGAUUACUGGAUCACUGAAUUCAAUCUGCUGCCUAUUCCACAAUAUAAACAGGACAUUUACAGAAGCUAUGACUCAGAUGGAAACUAACUUUAGGUGAACUUUCUGGAUUAACUGGCUUCUGUUUUCAUUGUUCUGGCUGCUUUGUUUUCAGCUUCACUCAAAAAGAAUACUGGGAACACUGGAAACUGUAGUGCCACUCAACCUGCUGCUGAUUUCACAUUUGAUCUGGAGUUUUAAAGGAGCAAUGGCAAAGUGAAAGUAAUUCUCAGGGAACUUCCUCAUUUGCCUGGAAGCCAUUGUUCUGCAUGCUGUGGUUUCAGCUUCACUCAGCAACAAAAUGGCUUCCAGAUCAGAGGAUCUCUCCUGUCCUGUCUGUCAUGACAUCUUCAAAGAUCCUGUUCUUCUGUCAUGUAGCCACAGCUUCUGUAAAGACUGUCUGCAGAGAUGGUGGAGGGAGAGAAACUAAUCCACGAGUGUCCAGUUUGUAAGACAAAAUCAUCAAAGACUGAUCCACCUCGUAACUUGGCUUUAAAGAACCUGUGUGAGACCUUCUUACUGGAGAGAGAUCAGAGAGCUUCAGCAGGGUCUGAAGUCUCUCUGCAGUCUGCACUCUGAGAAACUCAGACUCUUCUGUCUGGACCAUCAGCAGCCAGUGUGUCUCGUCUGUAAAGAUUCAAAGAUACACAACAACCACAGAUUCAGACCCAUUGAUGAAGCUGUACAGGAUCACAGAGAGGAGCUUCAGAAAACCUUGAAGCUUGAGGAGCUGAGAGCUGAAGACGUUUCAUUCCUGCUCAACUACAAGGCUGCAGUGAAAAGAGUCCAGCAGCGCCCCCUGCUGGAGGAUCCACAGCUGGUCUCAGGAGCUCUGAUAGAUGUGGCCAAACACCUGGGCAACCUGACCUUCAACAUCUGGAACAAGAUGAAGGAGGUGGUCUCCUACACUCCUGUGAUUUUGGAUCCCAAACUCUGCUCAUCCAGAACUCAUCCUGUCUGAGGAUCUGACCAGUGUGAGAUGUGCAGAGAAACAGAAGCUUCCUGACAAUCCAGAGAGGAUUGAUUAUCAUAAAAUUGUCCUGGGCUCAGAGGGAUUUAACUCAGGGACUCACAGCUGGGAUGUUGAGGUUAGAAAUGAUAAACUCUGGGGCCUGGGUGUGAUGAAAGAGUCUGCUCAAAAGAAGGGACAAAUACCAACUGGAUACUGGCAAAUUCUUUUCUGUGAUGGAAAAUACACAGCAGUCUCACCACCACUUCCAAGUAAAGUUCUCACAGUGAAGAAGAAGCUCCAGAGGGUCAGAGUUCAUCUGGACUUUGACAGAGGAAAACUGUCGUUCUAUGAUGUUGAUACUAACACACACAUAGAAACUUUUGCACACACCUUCACUGAGAAAGUGUUCCCAUACAUUGGCAACACAAAUGAGCUCCCGCCAAUGAAAGUCUCUGUAACAGUGAAAUAGCACACAGUUCCUGUAUCAGCAGGCUUACAGGCCAGUUUCUUAAUUGGCUAAGCAUGCUAAAAGCUAUUAUCAUCAGGUUAAGUAAUGCUACUCAGAAACUCCAUCACUUGGCUUGUUGGUGUGUAGUGAAAAAUUCAAUCACAUAAACUCAAUUUUAUCCAUAAGAUGUUAAUGUUUGUUUAUGUUAAGAGUGAACUCUUUGAAGAGAAUAUUAAUAAGUGUGGUGCUAAAAGUGCUACAUCUAAGGAUACUGAAGAACAUGAGGUGAUUAAUACACUUUAUAUAACCCUGCGAAACUGUACAGUAUGUCUGUGUGGAUUUACGCUUUUAAAAUUAAAAUUGAG